CGUCGCUCGCUUUUACUGGAUAAACACUAUUUCUAAACGCUGUCUUUGACCCUCCGCUGGCUUGCAAAUGGCUUAAAAUGGACAAUCACCCAGCGCAUGGAUUGCAUUAUUAUUUAAAGAUGGAAAACUGAAGAAGGAAUAGCGAACAAGGGACAAACCGAAUGCUGAAAAAUGCACUCGUCUGCGUAAAAUCUAAACCUACCAGCUUCCCUGCAAAAACGUUUCAUUAACACUCAAAUCUUCUGUCUACUAAUAGCUGAACCCUCCUUGGCUGGGGCAGAAAAGCAGACUGUCUGCUCUUGUAGAAUUGGGACCAGGUACAUUAAGAGAGCUCCUGGCUCAGGCUGUGGCCUGGGGAUAGAGGCUUCUUCUUUCCCCUUAUAAAAACGACAGUGUUUUUGUACAGUUUAAAAGCCAAUUCUGAGAUUCGUUGUGGAUUAUUUAACUGUUUUCAAAACCAUGGCGUCCUAUGUGGAUAACAGCUUUCGCCAGGCGGUGAUGGUGAAUCCAUCAGAGAGGACGCAACAGGACUUGGAGAUUGUAUAUUCCUACUUGCAUGGAAUGGAGGCGCUGUCCAAUCUUCGGGAACACCAACUGAGGAUAAUGUGUGAAACAGUCCGCUACGAAAGACACGAAGCCAACGAAGUGCUCUAUUAUCCGGAUGACAUUGGCUCAUGCUGGUACAUUCUGCUCUCUGGAUCAGUCUUCAUCAAAGAGUCCAUGUUCCUGCCACGGUCCAGUUUUGGGAAGAGGUCUGCUGGGAGUUUACGGCGUGGAUGCGAGUGCAUAGUUCUGGAGCCAUCAGAGAUGAUUGUGGUGGACUAUAUGGAUGAGAAUGAGGAGUAUUUUCAGCGGCAGGCAUCACACCGACAGUCCCGCCGAAGGUUUCGCAAGAUCAACCAGAAGGGCGAGCGGCAAACCAUCAUCGACACGGUAGACCCCUAUCCUGCCGGCAAGCCGCCCAUCGCCCGGGGAUACUAUACGGAAUGCGUUAAGCAUCAGCUGCCGGCAGACUUCAGCAGAUUACACCUGGCAGAUGGGAUUCAUCCCCAGGUGAUGCACGUUUCCUCCAGCCACUCAGGAUGUAGCAUUACCAGUGACUCGGGGAGCAGCAGCCUGUCGGACAUCUACCAGGCCACCGAAAGUGAGCCCUGCGACAUGGACCUCAGUGGCCUGCCAGAGACAGCCGUCGACUCCGAGGAGGAUGACGAUGAGGAAGAUAUUGAACGUGCCUCAGAUCCCCUCAUGAGCCGAGACAUUGUCCGAGACUGCCUGGAGAAAGACCCCAUGGACCGAACAGACGAUGACAUAGAGCAAUUGUUGGAGUUCAUGCACCAGCUACCAGCCUUUGCCAACAUGACCAUGUCGGUCAGGAGGGAGCUCUGUGCUGUCAUGGUGUUCGCUGUGGUUGAACGGGCUGGCACAAUCGUCCUUAAUGAUGGCGAAGAGCUGGACUCAUGGUCAGUGAUUCUGAAUGGCUCAGUGGAAAUAACGCACCCAGACGGCCGGACAGAAAUCCUGUGCAUGGGCAACAGCUUUGGUGUGUCCCCCACCAUGGAGAAAGAGUACAUGAAGGGGGUAAUGAAAACCAAGGUGGAUGACUGUCAGUUUGUGUGUAUAGCACAGCAGGAUUACUGUUGCAUUCUGAACCAAGUGGAGAAGAACAUGCAAAAGGUGGAAGAAGAGGGCGAGAUAGUGAUGGUGAAGGAACAUCGCGAGCUUGACCGUACGGGUACCAGAAAAGGACAUAUUGUCAUUAAGGGCACACCGGAGCGUCUUACCAUGCACCUUGUAGAAGAGCACUCGGUGGUGGACCCCACCUACAUCGAGGACUUCCUGAUUACCUACCGCACCUUCCUGCCAAGCCCCAUGGUGGUGGGCAAGAAACUGUUGGAGUGGUUCCAUGACUCCAGCCUCAGGGACAAGGUUACACGGGUAGUCUUGCUGUGGGUAAACAAUCACUUCAACGACUUCGAAGGCGACCCCGCAAUGACACAUUUUCUUGAGGAGUUUGAGUUCAAUCUGGAGAGAGAGAAAAUGUGUGGGCACCUAAGACUGUUAAAUAUAGCGUGUGCUGCCAAAGCUAAGCUGCGGGUGGUGACCCUGACCAAACCCUCGAGGGAAGCCCCGCUGGCCUUCACCCUGCUGGGGGGUUCAGAGAAGGGCUUUCGCAUUUUCAUUGACAGCGUGGAGCCAGGCAGCAAAGCUGCUGAGGCUGGCCUUAAACGAGGAGAUCAGAUACUGGAGGUAAAUGGGCAAAACUUUGAAAAUGUGCCGCUAUCCAAAGUCAAUGAGAUCCUGAAAAACAACACGCACCUGUCCAUUACUGUGAAAACAAAUCUGUUAGUGUUUAAGGAACUACUGGCCAGACCAGACCAUGACCAAGAGCAUGACCAGGAUGAGGAACCAGACAGGAAGAACGGGGCACCUCACAUUCCUAAAAUUGGCGACAUUAAGAAAGCCAGCCGCUACUCCAUCCCAGACCUGGCUGUUGACGUGGAGCAGGUCAUGGGUCUUGAGAAAGCUAGCAAAAAAGCGAAGGCCAACACCGUAGGUGGCAGAAACAAGCUGAAGAAGAUCUUCGACAAGACACUGACCAGUAUUCUUCCACCCAAACCAUACAAUGAUGUGGGGGUGGGUCAGUCCCAGGAUGACAGUAUUGUUGGGCUAAAGCAGUCAAAGCAGAUCCCUCCUGCUCUUCCUGUUAGUGGAAACCUUUCAUCCAGCAACCCUGACCUGCUGCAGUCACAUCACCGCAUACUUGACUUCAACAACCAACCUGACAUGUCAGACCAGGUAUUGCGAGUGUUCAAGGCAGACCAGCAAAGUCGGUACAUCAUGAUCGGAAAGGACACCACAGCAAAGGAAGUCGUGGCUCAGGCCAUUCGAGAGUUUGCAUUAACUGCUGCCCCUGAAGCCUAUUCACUGUGUGAAGUAUCAGUUACACCUGAGGGUGUCAUUAAACAGAGGCGUCUCCCUGAACAGCUCUCCAAACUGGCAGACAGGAUCCAACUGAGUGGCAGGUACUACCUAAAAAGCAACAUGGAGACAGAGACUUUGUGCUCUGAUGAAGAUGCCCAGGAACUUCUGCGGGAGAGCCAGAUCAGCCUGCUGCAGCUCAGCACGGUGGAAGUGGCAACACAGCUGUCCAUGCGUGCCUUUGAACUGUUCUGUGCCAUCGAGCCCACAGAGUACAUUGAUGACCUGUUCAAGCUAAAAACUCGCUUAUCAGGGCCUCCCAGCCUCAAGCUCUUUGAAGAGGCCAUCAAUCGGGAGACAUUCUGGGUGACCACGGAGGUGGUGCGUGAACCCAACCAGCUCAAACGCAUGAAGAUCAUCAAGCACUUCAUUAAGAUUGCACUACACUGCCGCGAGUGCAAGAACUUCAACUCCAUGUUUGCCAUCAUCAGUGGUCUGAAUUUGGCACCGGUGUCCAGACUGAGAGGCACAUGGGAGAAGAUGCCCAGUAAAUAUGAGAAACUAUUUAGUGAUCUGCAAGACCUGUUUGACCCCUCCAGAAAUAUGGCCAAGUACCGGAACCUUCUAAACAACCAGAAUCUGCAGCCACCCAUCAUCCCACUCUUUCCUGUCAUCAAGAAAGAUCUCACCUUCCUGCAUGAGGGGAAUGACUCAAAGGUGGAUGGUUUGGUGAACUUUGAGAAGUUGCGGAUGAUUGCUAAAGAGAUCAGACAUGUAGGCCGGAUGGCGGCUGUAAACAUGGAUCCCGCUCUGAUGUUCAGAACCAGGAAGAAGAAGUGGAGGAGUUUGGGGUCACUCAGUCAGGGCAGUGCCAAUGCGGCAAUCCUGGAUGUAACACAGACAGGCGGGCACAAAAAGCGGGUCAGACGGAGUUCCUUCCUCAAUGCCAAGAAGCUGUAUGAGGAUGCACAGAUGGCACGCAAAGUCAAACAAUACCUGUCAAACCUUACCCUGGAGACAAACGAAGAGAGCCUGCAGACACUCUCAAUGCAGUGCGAGCCCUCAGUCAACACAUUGCCGAAAAGUUCUGGGGACAAGAGGAGACCCGACACAUCUCCGGUGGUUGCACGUGCUGCCAUCCACCAACGCCAGCAGCUGCAGAAAGCCAACCAGGCGCUUCAAGUGCCUGCCGUUGCCCUCUACCCAUCUCGCAAGAAAGUGCCGGUCAAAGACUUGCCGCCAUUUGGCACAAGCUCACCACAGUCUCUGAAGAAGAUACUGUCUCUUUCAGAGGAGGCAGGUGAGAGACACAAGAAACAGAUGGAGGACAGUGUGUCCAACAACUUGUCACAGCUGUCCUCUCCUCCCACAUCACCUCACAGCUCACCUAAGAAGGGUUAUGGACGAGCAGGCGAUUACCUAUCAGACUCUGGCCAUAGUGAGAUCUCCUCACGCUCUAGUCUGGUAAGCACCUCCUCCCUGGACAUGGGGCAAGAGGAGCGCAGGCAGCGAUAUGGAGGAUUGGCUGGGGAGGGCCAUGGCACCGGUCAUCGUCUAGAGCGCAGGGCAACUGCUGACCCUGACCAGUACAGCUUGGGAUCCUACUCAUCUAUGCAGGACUGCCGGGGUCUGUAUGCUGGCGCAACAGUGCUGUCCUCCCCCAGCUCAGAGGAGCUGACGCAGGACCAGGGCGACCAGGUCUCGCUAGACGCUGCUGAUUCUGGGCGUGGCAGCUGGACUUCCUGUUCCAGCGGCUCCCAUGACAACAUCCAGACAAUGCAGCAGGGGCGUAGUUGGGAGGCGCUGGCAGAGGGGGCGGGGCUCUGGGGAAGUAGAGGGAGCUGGGCAUCAGCCUGCUCCUCCUCGUCCUCUGUGGCGUGUUGGGGUGAGGACUCUGAAGGUGACACAGGCACGAUCAAACGAAGAGGAGGUAGAGAUGUGACCACAGACCCAGAGACUAGCAGCAUCACCUCCACUGGAUCAGAAGAGUCCAGGCAGCACAGUCGACGCCCCUCACCCAUCACUGCUGGCAACACCAAGGCUGUGAUAACACGGAAGGACGGUCGUUACCGGGACCCUCCGCCCACACCGCCAGGGUACACAGCAUUGACCAUCUCGGACAUGACCGAUGGCUUGGUGCACUCCGGAAGGAGACCCCCGGACUACACCACGGCCUUGCAGCGCUCCCGCCUCGUCACACACUCCCCUGACUCCCAGCAGCCACCUGCAUCAGGAAAGUCCACUCCUUCAGACCCCCGGGGCCGAGAAGAAGAGGAGGCAGAGGAGAUGGAAGAGGAGGGUGAGUGCUUGUCUCCCAAACUGAGAACUCAGAGGAGGAGAGGUCCACACACAGCAGUUCCCCCCAGACCAUGAGUUACAUACACCACCCCAACAGGAAGAGGAUGAACAGGUGUCCGCUGUUUGAAAGGGGAUGACACUGGCUUUUAUACGCUUGCUGCAAUGACUGCUGGUCAGAUAGGGGCUUCAAAGUUCAGACAGACAGCUAGACCAACCAGUCUACAUCUUGCUGGCACUGCCUCUCUCCCUCCUGAUGGAUUCAUCUCCCUACCCUGCCUUAAAGCAUCAUUGGGAGGGGGGGGGCUGGGUUGUUUUUGCCCUGCACACUCAAAAUACUGUGAAGAAAGGAGUCGAGCCAAAAAAAAAAAGAUUUAUUCAGCUCUUUGGAGAAAGGAAAAAUUAACUGAACUGAAAACCGAACAGCGCUUUGACAUUCACACAAAACAAACUACUGUUAACCGUUAUCGUCAGACAAUGUCCCCCUACUUUUGCUUAUUGGUCACACAAACACAUUUAGUAGAUCCCUUCAGCACUUUUUAUCUCUGUUAAGGUGAAAACUGAUGCACACAAUCAAUGUUUCAGUCGCCCUGUUCUCAUACAAGGCACAUAAAGUUGUGAAGGCGAAAGUGGCUUGAACCUGUUCAACUCAUCAACCCCACAUCAGUUCCGAUGGCAACGCUCAUAUCUGUGUGGUUCAGUAUUACAGUGUUAUAUCGACAGUCAGGCCGAUGACGUCCCAGAGGAUUUUACUGCAGAACUGGAGGACUACAUUGUGAAAACUAGAGUUUGCAUUGUGACUCCUGACAUACGUAGCACGCCGCUUUACUAUGGAAGGUGCAAUGUGGAAAUGAUACUGUGUGAAGCCUUAUUGGCGAGUGGGUUUUAUUAUUGGAUCUUGGCCUUAGUGUGUUUGAGAUCCGUGCUAAUGUGUGAAUGAAACACCAGGUUUGGUCAUAAGCCUCCUAAGCAUGACAGAGAAAGCGUGACACCGAAAAGACAGGCCAAACGAAUUAAAAUCUGACUGAAUCUCAUUGUAGGGGAGGUACAAGUAAAGUCAGUCCAACCUGAGUAAAAAAACUGCUUAAACCAGCCUCAAUUGGUGGGCUGGUCUAAGCUGGUCUCCAAGUCUGGUCUGGCUGAUUUGCUGGCUGGUUUUAGAGGGGUUUUAAGCACUUUUCAGCAUGGACUUUAGUAUGACAUGAGCAGUUUUACUAUUGAACACCUCUCCUGUUAAAACUUUUAAGGAAAAUUCCAGGAUCAAUACAAGUUAAGCUCAGUCAACAGUAUUUGUGGCAUAAUGUUGAUUACCUCAAAAUGCAUUUCAACUGGUCCCUUGGUUAUUAAAAAGAAAAUGCCAAAAAAUCGUGGUUACAAUAAUGCACUUUGAAGUGAAUGGGGUUAGCCCUUCAACAUUAAAAUAACAAACUGUUUCUUUUUCAAACUUUUUUGUUUUUAAGGUUGUAUUUGAACAUUUAUGGAUUGGUCCCUAUUCACUUCCAUUGUAGUUGCCUCACUGUAACCACAACUUUUGCUCUUAUUGUUUUUUAAUUAACAAGGAACGAGAAUUUUUUUGUGGUAAUAGAAAUUAUGCCACAAUUGCUGACGAUUGAGCUUAAUUUAUAUUGAACUGAACUUUGAACGAACUCUGGCUGCAGCACAAAGUCCCCUGUUGGUCUAGGUGAGCACAGCAGGCCUCUCAGGCUUCAAGUCAUUAAGUGAAAUAUACCAUUAAGGCAUUAAGAAGGUGUGUUUUGUGCCUGAAAAUGGGUGGCUUUUGUGUUUAUUGUUUUUAUGAGGGCUCAAGUCAUGCAUGUUUCCCUUGGUGUGUACGGAGUGAGCCAUGAUCAAACCACCACUGCAGCACAACAGCAUUCGAAAUCACUCACAGGAACCCAACUGAAAUGUGCUUUCGAGAGACUGGUGGGACUGGAUCAAGCAAACCCACCCGGAGGCUGCCAGUCAGUGCAGAACGUAACAAUUUACUUUUUUGUUUUAAUAACUGAGUUAAGCUGAUCACAUUGAUCAGUAGUUAGAAACAACAGACUAAAGAAGAAAAAAAAAGUUUGCAGUAUUUUCCACUGUACCCCGUAACAUCACUAGUACUUAUAUUCUUCCUGCUCUAGUGUCCUGUUUGUUUAUAUUUCAUUUAUUUUUUUUGGGCCCCCAUCCAUUUUUUGUAAUGGUUAAAAUGGAAACAGUUGUGGAUGAAGACAUGUUUGUAACAGUAAAUAUAUCAAUCAUCUGCUUCCAUAAAUUUGUUUUAGUAAAUAUUCACAAGUUUUGGCAAGCCAAGAUGAGUUGCUUGUUUUGCUAAAUAAGUUGCACAAAUUGUACAAGCAUAAAUACAAGGUAAAUAGUAGUAGGUAGCUUCUGCUACUCUGUUCAAUUUGUGAUGUCAAGUGAGAAGUGUACAUUUAGCUGGUGAAGAUUCUCUUUCUCUCUCUCUCUCUCUCUCUCUCUCUCUCUCUCUCUCUCUCUCUCUCUCUCUCUCUCUCUCUCUCCUUUUCUUUUUUACUACUUUUACCUGUAUGUCUUUUACAAAGACCAUUGGUGGAGUAUGUAUAUGUUUUGUUUUAUUUUUUUUUGUCUCUUUUGUUUUGUAUUUUUAAUACAAUAAUUGUAAAUAUUGGUUAUAUUUUUGUUGAAUUGUAAAAAUGUAUGAUGUUCAUGCAUCAACAUCCAGUUUAUAUGAAGCUGGGAGUCAUAAAUUAGACAAAAUGAAUCAAUUUAUGGUUUUAAAUGCACUUAUUAUUAUUAUUAUUGCUAUUUUUCGUUUUGUUUGUCCUGCAUUAAGAUUUUUGUUUGUCAAACAUUGUUACUUUAAAUGACCUCUGGCACCAUCUAGUGUUUGCACAAGACAAGACAUGGAAGUAACUUGAAAAUGUGUAUCUCAUACUUUUCUAACUGACAAAUGUAUGUUGGGGUUAAUAAAAAUAC